GGCGCCGCUGCUGCCUCCCCGGCCGGGGCCGCCCGCAGCCCCAGGCGCGGCGCAGCCUCCAGGCCGAUCUGCGGGAGACCUUCCAGCGGUGGGGGGCCCUCCAGUCCGUGCAGGUGAAUCGCGAAGGCGCACGAGAGGUUGGUGUUGUGACCUUCGCAGAGGCCAUCGAUGCAUCCGAUGCGCAGCGUCAACUGCAUGGACAGAUAUGCAAUUUCGAAGGCGCCGCCGGAGCGCUGGCGGUGGUCGCUGGCGCGCCGGAGCUGCUCAGCCCGCCCGUCCCAAGGCCAGCACCGACGCCGGUGCCGGCGCCAGCACUGCCAGCACCCGUCAUGCAGAGCCACCCGGCCGCCAUGCAGAGCCACCCGGCCGCCAUGCAGAGCCACCCGGCCGCCCCGCCGCCGGAUAUUACGUGGCAGAGGUUGCCCGCCCUACCGAACCCCCCCAAGUCCGCCCAAAAGGCAAAAACCAUGCAGCGGGGCGUGGACUAUGACUUGGACGACAUAUGGGAGUGCGCCCUGCCUGUGUCGCACAACCUGCUCGAGUACAUCAGCUUUUCCGUUGGUGACAUACUGUGCGGGGGAGACCUCUCGCUAGUCACUCUCGACUCCGCACCUGUUGUGGUGAGGUGCGCCCCGUGGAGUACUUUGUGUGAUGGGAGCGACCGGCCUGUCCAUGUGUGCGGCGUUUCUGCCGGUGGCUCUUUUGUGCGGGGCACAGACGGCGCGGUGCUGCCACGCGCCACUGCUCCGUUCAGCGCGCCGACAUAUUUGGCCAGCGCCAGGCAGUCUAAGCUCGCGUGGCGGGCCAUGGCCUCUGACGCCAGGGCGCGGCUCAAGCUCCUACAGGCCGACAGGCGGGCUCGUUGCGAACAGCGUCGAUUCAGGGCCGGCCAGUCCGAUGAUUCAUCAUCGGAUGAGGGCUGGCUUGACGCUGAAGUCGCCGCCGACUUCGACGAGGCGGUCCAGUGCGGCCAGGCCGGCAUUAAUUACAAUGACGGGUUUGUGCUCACCUAUGGCAGGAGGGAGCGGCGGCGGGAAAAGGCUCUCAUGUCGCAGUGGAGGUCCAUCACGGGAUCCAACUGGGCCGACAUGGAAGACGCUCAAGAGGCAGUCCUCGACGCUUUGGGGGCGGUCCUCCCAGAAUGCGGCAGCCUGCUCGCCCGGCUCUACGCGAAGCCCGCCGUGGGUCUCUGGCCCGACGGCGAGGGGGACCUGCGCGAAUUCAGCGCCGGGGCCGGGGUGCCACAGGGCUGCCCCUUGAGCCCCGCAGCCUACGCAGCGGCCCUGCACCGGGCGACGCUUCUUCACUUCACGGGCUCCCCGCGCUGGCUGGUCACGGCGUGCCUCGACGACGUCGUGGCAGUGGUACCGGCCGCAGAAGCCCAGCAGCUCCUCCAGGAUUUAUCUGGAAGGAUGAACGCCUGGGGGCUCACUCUGAACGAGACCAAGACGAAGGUGUGGCCCCCGCCGGGCCACGCUCAGUGUCCCCCAGCACUGCGGCCCUACGUGGUGGACGAGCUCCGCGUACUCGGGUGCGGCCUGACUCGCCGCCAGGACGACGACUGGGAAGAGCUGGCGGCAGGCUCUGGAGGCGGCGCCCGGGCAAUGAGCAAGGUCGCGGAAGCCCUGCGAGUUGUUGGCCAGACCCUGCAAGACGCCUUGGCCGCUGGCCUCGGGCUCCAAGAGGCCGGGGCCAUGCUCCGCUGGACGGCGCGGGGCUUACCAAAUCACCCCCUACGCGCGCAGCUCGUGGACCUGCAAGCGGUGCAGAACUUCGACCACGCCCUUAGGGGCAUUUGGGGCUGGCUGCUUGACGAGCCCUUAACAGACAGGGAGUGGGCCCAGGCGUGCCUGCCGCUGCGCGUCGGUGGCCUCGCAGCGGGCGCGGCCGAGCCCCGGCGGGAAGCUGCGCGCGUUGCUGCGUGGUGCGCCGCGGCCCCAAAGGUCGCGCUCGCCCUCGGCAUGGGCAGCGCCGAGGAGCUUCUCGCGAGGCAGGCCGCGGGCGCGGGGGACUUCGCCAGCGCGGUGGCCGCGUGCAGCGCCAAGGUGGGCAAUGCGGCCCACUACUUGCAGGUCUCGCUGGCGCAGGGGGAAAGGGGCAGGCAGAAGGACCUGAUGCGGCCCAUCAUGGUCGUCCUUCAGGGAAACGCGACGGCGGGGCUCGACAACCGCGCGCUCGGCCGCAUCCACUCCUGCGGAGGCCCGGGCGCUGGGGCAUUCACGUUGCUGCCCACGGCGCCGGAGCGCAGGAUGGCGGGCGACCUCUACCGGCUGUCCUUGCGGAGGCGCCUUCAAAUGGAGGGCGCGCGGUUGCUGAAGACGGGGCCCGCCCGCGCUGGGCGGCGCGACAGUGUCCGCGACCUGUUGGCGCGCUGGCUGGCCGAGCGGGUUGCAGGCCCCGUGCGCACCGAGCAGACGGUGCCGCAGUGGCUCCGCCGGCGCCGGGACCCAGCAACGGGCCAGGAGCGCGUGGAGUUGGCGGUGCUGGACGUCAAAUGGUGCGAAAAGGGCACGUGGCACGUGGUGGGCACAGGAGGCCGCUUGGGCGAGGCUGCCAGGCAGCUGGUCUUGGACAGGCUGGGCCGCCGAGACGGCGAAGCCGGCGCCAGCGCAGAUGCUGCGGCGUUCUGGCAGGAACUCUCGGCCGCCCUGCAAACAGGGGUGGCCGAGCAGAUCCUGGCCGCCCACCGGCCCGCGGCCGAGAACCGUGACCUCCAGAACCUAUUCACAGCCCGUGAGGAGAAGCGAGAGCGCAAGGCCAUGGCCAAGUGGAUGCGCUCCUCGAUUGCCAAAGGUGUUCGGAACUGUGUUUCAGAUCUUUUCGGGUUCAAGCCUGAUUCCAAGACGGCCGAUGAUUUUGAAUGCGUUUCGGACUCAGAUGAUGAUGGCUCGUCGAAGCUCAGAACAAUCUUGAUGCAGGCGAAGUCAGUGAACAAGAACCAAGAUGCGGACCUCAUGAAACAACUCUUGGAGAGGAUCCAGCCCAACAAACCGAAGCAGCCCGACCCGACGGCCGACCUCCUCGCCAACCUGCAGGCAGUGCGUGACACUGGUAUGAGCUCAGGACCCGCUCCGAGCAGACCGACCCCGCAGGAGGAUAAUGCAGCUUUACUUCGUGGGCUCCUCGUUCAGAUGCAACACGCGCCCGUGACCCCGUCUAAGAGACCAGACGUACCAUUUUCAGCCCCCGAGCCAGCAGAAGAAAUCGAGGAGGAUGAAGUUACACUGAAUGCGUGUAUCGAGGUUGCGAGGAAAAUCUUACCCGACACGGACACGGAUGAUUGGCCAAAGGAUGGUGAUGCGUUCAUUUCUCGGAUUGCGUCGGCAGCAGGAAUCUUGAGGGCCAACAGCCUCUCGGAGACCACGGGCACCAACAAGACGGCGAAGGUGAUGCAGCUCGUGGACCACGUGAUCCGUGGGAAGAGCAUUCAGAUGCCGCCCACUCAGUGA